UAAAUAUAAUAAUAGGAAAAUUCAGAAUCCGCCGAAGCGAACUCCGAAACGAGACGAGCCGAGUUCUUCGAAGUCUUACUGAUAGCCGUCCUCCUGGCCGACGUGUGCGGCGGCGGAAGCCCUCUCCGUGGCGAAGGUAGCUUGUCGGUGAGAUACAACUGCCGGAUUGCGUCCAUCUCCGGCGAUUCUCGAAGGCUUGCAUUUGAUACGAGUUGAGACUUCAAGAUUUCGGACUGAGGAUUUGAGAUCUAGGUUUCAGACCAUGGCGAGCGAGGAUUGCCGAGUUUAUCACGAGAGGCAAAAGUUACAGUUCUGCCUCUUGCACGCUCUCAAUAACCUCUUUCAGGAAAAUGAUGCAUUCACUCGAGCAAACUUAAAUGCAAUUGCUGAAAAUCUGGUGCUCAACGAGCCAAACAAAGAACCUUGGACGCCUUUAUCAUUUGUCUUUAAGCCUCAUCACAACACGGUAACUGGAAAUUAUGACAUAAAUGUUCUAAUUUCAGCCCUGGAAGAGAAAGGGAAGAGUGUGGUGUGGCAUGACCGUCGGAAUGGAGCUUCUUCAAUCGAUUUAGAUGGGCCUGAGGAUACUCACAAACUUAUGGGAAUUGUGCUUAACGUCUCAGUUAGAAGGUUUGGGGGCAUUUGGAAAAGUAGACACUGGAUUGCACUGAGAAAGAUCAACGGAUUAUGGUAUAAUUUGGACAGUGAUCUGCCCUCUCCUCGCCCAUUUAAGGAUACUGAUGAAGUCAGGAAAUUUUUGGAUUACGAGAUCGGUCAUGAUGGGGAAAUUUUGCUUGUUAUGAAUGAUGGAAACUGAAUUUCUUCUUCUCAGAUACUUGUAUUUGUGCGCUUGAAUCAAAUGUAAACUAAGAUCAAAGUUGGAUUGUGUUGGUUGUUCUUUCUGCAACUUCUUUCACAUAUCGAGAUCUACUUGGAUUGAGUUAAUGUUUCUGAUCAUUUUAUAUUCCUGGUUGAGAAGGGAAACGAUUUGAAGUGAAAAGCAAUUAGAAAAAGUUUGCACCUAUAAUUCAAACCUAAGUAUUUUCUACCCAAAAGCCGAAUGAUGACUGUCAUCUGGAUUUGGUACCCUGCAGUAAUUCUGAAUUCACUUAGAACUUACAAGCUGCUGGUAAAACUACCACCAGAUGAAACUGCACCCAAGAUCUCACAGAGCAGAAUGGUUUGCCAUGUUAAGGAUUCAAUUAUCUGAGUCAUUGUGAUACCUUUUGAAGGCCACCACACCAACAAACCCUGAUGUUCAAGGAUUCUUCCAGCAUCAAAGAGAUUUAAUGUACCGAAACAACAGAGCCUUCUUGGGUUUUGCUUAAGAAAGCGAGGUGGGCAGGCUGCAUUUUUCAGUUUGUGUACGUUUCUUCCAAUCUUCUGAUUCUAUGACGACAACGGCAAAGCAGAGGAUUGAGAAACAGAACUCGACGAGCAACGGAACAGGGCGAAACGGAGGUUCGUCUUUUGGGAAGUGCAGAUUUAAACCCCCCCUUAAACGGUUGCAAUUCUCUCCUCUGAGCUUUCUGAAGCACCUGACCGAUAAAGUGACCCGAGCUUUGCAUUUGAUGUCCAUGAAGAGAAGACCCUGCCAUGAACAACCCGCACCAGCCGUGCCCGCCGCCAGUUCAAAGCCAGUCUCCGCCAUCGAUUCACAUCGAACAGAGGCUGUGGAGGACUGCAUCAAAUACAUCAACUCUUCUUCUUAGCUCGCACCAAUUCAUGUAAGAUUUUUCUCCAGAAAAUGCGUAUAUAUGUCAUCUCUGUGUGGAUUUAAUGCCUGAUAUCAUGAUUCGUGAUGCAAUGUUGUUUUUUUCAGUCAUUUUUAGGCGAAAAAUUGGGGGGGAAGUUAUGAAUUAUGAUAAUUCAUAGGGCAGUAGGUGGAAUAAGCCUAUCAGAUAAUAGUAUUUGUUCAAGAAGAUCUAUUGUGGAAUGGGAAAACUUCCCUCACCAAUCAGUGUCAAUUUUUCAUUACUUUCUUUGUGUCAUAUUGUUGUCAUUAUUCGUUACAUAAGAAGGAGAAGAAGAUUUUACUUA